AUGGCUACCCCAACAUACCAGCCCCAUGCCCAAACCUCAAAGGCAGUAGCAUGGUAUCAACCAACCUUAAUCCAACUACCCACGCCAACAAAGGACCUCUUCCUCCGAUACACGGACCUCAAAACAGAAGAUGCAGUAAAAGCACACAUACUUGCUGUCCGCGAGAAAGCAUGGCAGAUCCACCCAUACCCCUGCAUCGGACUCUUUAAAUUCCUGAACUUCAGCAUCCACCUCUCUCCAAUAUACCCUGAAAUCCUCAACCGCAUCCGCGCAGGCCAAACCCUCCUCGAUCUAGGCUGUUGUCUCGGCCAAGAUCUCCGCAAACUAGCCUUCGACACAGGAACAUCCUCGAAUCUCAUAGGCGCCGACAUCGAAGCCAGCUUCCUACAACUAGGCUACGAGCUUUUCCAAGAUCGAGCGUCGUUGCAAGCGCACUUCGUUACGGGUAGUAUUUUCGACGAAGACUUUCUCGCUACGCGGAAGGGAUCCAUUGAUAUAAUCUACCUGGGCAGUUUCCUGCACCUGUUUAAUCUGGCAAAGCAGCGGGUUAUCGUUUCGCGACUAGAAGAGCUACUCGUCCCGCGUGCUGGGUCUGUUGUUUUCGGACGACAUAUCGCUGCGCUGGAGGGCGGGCCGUUCUUCAUGGAGAGUCUUGGGUGGGAUAUGUUUCGGCAUAGCGAGGUGACAAUUCGCGAGCUUUGGGGUGCUGGGUGGGAGGUGCAUAGCCAGUUAGAGGAGUAUGAGUCUGCGACACAAGAAUCGGGGAAUUGGCAAGGCGAUACGACGAAGCAGAUGACGUUUUGGGCUAUUAGACGUUGA